GCGCAAAUCUUUCUACCUAGGGUACCGUAAACCUUUGUAUCUGGGUUCUAUGCAGAAAGGUUCUUUCUACCGUAAACCAGUCGAAGUCAGAAUGUCGACAGGAACAGAUGUCACAAUCACCAGUGCAGCGUAUAUUAUUAUGAACACAAUAAUUAAAAGAAAAAGAAGAAAAAAAAUCAAGAUAAACGAUGGUGGAUUAGUCAGAUGUAUAAAAAUAGAGCAACCUCUAGUGGUGAAAAAGUAGUUAGAGAUUUACAGAUAGAAGCUAGUGGACAUUUUAAAAAUUUUGUGCGGAUGUCAUCGGAAGAUUUUGAAUUUUUAAUAAACGCUAUCGGUCCCAAAAUUCAAAAAAACGACACCAGAUUCAGAAAAAGCUGAAAUGACGGUGAAAGAACUCUUAGCUAUAACGCUAGGUUUUUUAGCAACGGGAGAUUCAUAUACGAGCCUUCAGUAUCUGUUUAAAGUAUCCAAACAAUUAAUAUCAAAAAUUGUUCCGGAUUUCGAAAAUCAGUUUAUGACGGUUCAUCAGGCCAUAUUAUAAACUGAGUUUUUCCGAAGGGUAAAUUCGACAGCGGUCGACUAACGGUACGUGGAAAUUUGUAACCGGCAUAGUAAAAUUGGUCGCACGAAUAUCCUUUGAUGGACCGACAGCCGUCGGAAAGCGUUCGUUCGUGCCCAGGGCCUUCACGAACACAUUAACGGGCCGUACUCACUUCAGCAUUUUUGCCCGAAAGAACGUUUUCGGCGCACAAAUGCAUAGGUCAGUACGAGGCUUUAAGCAUCAGCUUAAGCAUUUGCUUAGAAAAGUAAAUGCUUAUCGGUGUAGAUUCACAGUCGAUGCUUAAGAAAGUCUUAGGCUCUUAUGAAUUCAUAGUCGAAUAAGUCCGCCUUAUUUGUAGAAAACAAGUUCUUAUUUGGCUUCAUUGAGGUUAUGUUUUUAAGUCGACGAUAUUGAGGACUUAAGCACGCGUUUGAAGGUGUUAUUGUGCAGUGAUGGGACGGGAGGGAGUAGGUUAGGGUACACGAAUACGGUAAAAGAGAUUAAAAUUACCGAUCCCUCCUGCGAUGCAGCUGUUAAUUUGUUUGCGGUAUUAUGCUACUGCAAGUUUUCAACUUAUUCUGGGAGACACAAUGAAUGUUUCUCAGCCCACAGUCUCCCGCAUAGUAUUUAGGGUGAGUUCACUAAUAGGCACUCUGAUGACGGACUAUAUCAAGUUUCCCAGGGAUCCAGACAAUUCCACUCAAAAUCGCAGGUUAUUCAAUAAUUUGGGACAGGGAAACGGAGCUAGUGGUUUACCAGGUGUGGAUGGCGCUAUUGAUUGCACCCACAUUAGAUUAACAGCAUCCAGGUUCAACAACAUGGAAGAAAUGUACAGAAAUAGAAAAGGAUAUUUUUCAUUGAAUGUUCAGGUACAAUGAAAUCCAGAUCAGGACCCAACAGAUAGUAGAAAGAACAUUCGGUGUUUGGAAGCGCCGUUUUCCAUGUCUUACAAGGGGUUUAACAACGAAGUUCUUAUGUUCCACAACAACGGUAGUUGCAUGUGCUGUGUUGCAUAAUUUAGCCCUAAUUUUCAAUGACAUUCUUGUAGAAGAAGAUGAAAUUGAAAACCAAAAUGAAGAUGGAGAAGAAUUAUUAGGAAACGUGGGAAAUGUUAAUGGCAUUGAUGGAUUUGCUACACGUGAAGCACUCGUUGCUUGUACGUUUCAUUGAGUAAUUGUGUCAAAUGAAAUGUAAUAAGGGGUUUUUUAUGCCUAUCGAGCCAAUAAAUAAUCAUUAUUCUUUCGGCUCAAA